AGAAGAAGAAGCGAGGAAGACAUACCAUGAUGCUCGAUCUGGCUUCUUGUAGUUUCGUCAACGUUUCGCAGGGGAUGCAGAUGAUUCAAGGCGAUUAUAAUCAAGCAGGCCAUGUCGUGGCGUCUAGUUCGGAAGGGGCGCUGCCGGCUUCCUCAGCAGAAGCCCACUUGAGCUCUCUGCUUUACAACCUCUCUCUUCUCAAGGACAAGGUUCAUCAGGUCCGGUCGCUGGUCGCCAUCCUGGUCGGGUCCGGUCGAGGCCAGCCUGAGUCAACGCCCUUGGCCUUGGCCAGCAUCGGAAGCCUGAUUCAAGAGAUCAUAGGGACUGCAACUUCCAUGAUGUUCUUUUGCCAACAGAUGACCCUUCUCAGUCCCGCGACACCUUCAGGUACUACUACCAAUAACGAUAACAACAACCAUCCUCUCGUUCAUGAGCAGAGCUCUCUUGAUUGGUAUGGCGCAAGUAGCUUUAUCAAUUACAACGGCAAGAAUGAAAGCCAACGUUCGAUGAGUAUAGUGAAAAUGGAGGGCCGGAUCAAG